AUGCCUCCUCCGCCCCAUAAUGGCCCGUUCGGCGGUCCCGAGUCGGCCCAUGAUUCGGUACCGCAGCCUCGUCGGCUUGUUCUUUGCUUCGAUGGCACGGGGAAUCAGUACAUGGGAACCGAGGAGGACACAAAUAUCGUCAAAAUCUAUGAGUCGCUUGAGCGGCAUAAACCCGGCCAAUAUGCCUAUUAUCAGCCCGGGAUUGGGACCUUGACCUAUGUUAGAGGUUCCUCGCGCCAGACCAGCGGGUUUAGCUGGUGGACGAGAUUCAGAGCGCGCGUCAGCGCCCUGCUAGAUCAAGGAAUAGGCGUAUCGUUUGCCAGCCACCUUAUCGCGGGCUACAGGUUCAUCAUGCGCUAUUACUCCACUGGCGACCAUAUCUAUAUCUUCGGUUUCUCGCGCGGCGCAUACACAGCCCGAUUCCUAGCCGAGAUGAUCCAUAACAUUGGCCUCCUCUCACGCGGUAAUGAAGAAAUGGUCCCAUUCGCCUGGGACACGUUCAGUCGCUAUCAGAGCUCUCGGGGGAACGUGCCACAGACUGAAGAAGACCGCGAGUUAGCGCGGUAUAUGCAUAAGUUCAAGACGACAUUUUGCCGUCCAGACGUCGGCGUGCAUUUCCUCGGUCUUUUUGACUGCGUAAACAGCGUUGGUCAGUUCGAGAUACCGUUCUUCCGCAAGUCAUACCGGUACAUCGCCAGCCCUUCGGCACGGCAUAUUCGUCACGCUGUUUCGAUACACGAGCGCCGGCUAAAGUUCAAACCUGCGUUAUUUCAUAUUGACCCAAAGGACAAAGACUCGAUAGAUUUGAAAGAAGUUUGGUUUGCUGGAAACCAUGGCGAUGUCGGCGGCGGGUGGCCUCUAAGCAAGGGACAGAAGCACCUCCUAUCAGAUAUCGCUCUUCACUGGAUGAUACAGGAAGUGUUAAACCUGCCUGGCUCGGACAGCAAGCUGGAAUUCAUGUCGGAAAAUGUAGAAAACAUGAAACGGGUUGCGACUCACUCUUUAUGUAGGGAUGAGGAGCCCGGCACUGCAGCGUAUCAAAUAGCACAGAAGACAAACAAGCCGCACGAUAAGCUGCGCUUUGGACAUGGCGGAAGCGCUGUGUCUGUUAUGCUAUGGUGGAUCCUAGGUUCGUCUCCCAAUUUUCCAGUUCACCUGUUCUUCCGUAAUGACGUCUCUCACAACAGAGGUCCUCCCCUUGGCAACUCGUCUCGAGCUAGAGAAGGUGUGUACGAGAUGUUAGAGUCCGGCAUUCUGGACGAUUUUCCUGUGCCCAAGCCAGGUGGCGAUAACCCAAACCUGCCUCCUAAUCUUGUCGAUGAUGACCGGCGGCAUAUGCAGAAGAGAAGCGACGGAACAUGUUCACCAUGA